GGCGGGGCCCAGGCGGCGGUCGCAGCCGCAGGAAUAUGCUGGAAGGCGGCGGGCGGGCGCCCGAGAGGUGCUGAAGGGACAGUUCCCACCGCCAAACUUGCCCGCAGAGGGCGGGUGGGGCCGUCCGGGAGCGCGGGGCACGUGAGCGAUGGAGACCAUCUGGGUCUACCAGUUCCGCCUCAUCGUGAUCGGGGACUCCACCGUGGGCAAGUCGUGCCUGCUGCACCGCUUCACCCAGGGCCGCUUCCCCGGGCUGCGCUCCCCCGCCUGCGACCCCACCGUCGGCGUGGACUUCUUCUCCCGCCUGCUGGAGAUCGAGCCGGGCAAGAGGAUCAAGCUGCAGCUCUGGGACACGGCGGGGCAGGAGCGGUUCAGAUCAAUAACUCGAUCAUAUUACCGCAACUCAGUUGGUGGAUUUUUAGUAUUUGACAUUACUAACCGACGAUCUUUCGAACAUGUGAAAGAUUGGCUAGAAGAAGCAAAAAUGCACGUACAGCCAUUUCAGAUCGUAUUUCUGCUAGUGGGACAUAAAUGCGAUUUAGCUUCACAACGUCAGGUUACAAGGGAAGAAGCUGAAAAACUUUCUGCAGACUGUGGAAUGAAAUACAUUGAAACCUCAGCCAAAGAUGCAACAAACGUUGAGGAAUCCUUCACAAUCCUGACACGAGACAUUUAUGAACUUAUUAAAAAGGGAGAAAUUUGUAUUCAGGAUGGCUGGGAAGGGGUUAAGAGUGGUUUUGUUCCAAAUACUGUACAUUCUUCUGAGGAAGCAGUGAAGCCCAGGAAGGAGUGCCUCUGCUGACCUCAAAAAUGCCAAAGAACCCACCAGAAGAGAUUGGGUGUCUUUUCAGGGUAAAUACCAAUAUUAACAGCAGAGUGUGCAAUGAAAGCAUUAAAAAAAAUAUAUAUAUAUAUAUAUAUAUAAACCUGCACUAACGCUAUUAUGUUAGCUUUUUGGUUCAGAGCACCAUGCUUACUUGUCAGACUACCGAAUUAGAUAUUUUGCUAAAUUAUCAGGCAAAGCUGACAACUUUAUCGAAACUGGACUAUCUACAUAAUCACCUCCAUUCUCAUUUUUGUUAGAAUAUACCUGAGCUCGGUGCUCAGACAUGUCAAUACUAUCCAAUUUUUCUUAGAUUUUUUGCUAACAUAUAGUCUGUUUAAAAGAUUUUUAUCAACAGUUAUAGCUUUUGAGUUACUAUUGAAUGGUAAAGUGUAUUUAAAAGUACACUGUUCAUGUACAAAGUAAACAAUCUCAGAAAUAUUGACUAGGAUUAAAGUAGCAAUUUCUUGUCUAAGGUACCAGGUUUUUUAACAUUCUCAGAAAUAUUUAUCUUCCCUUAUUCUUGCUUGAACAUAAGAAAUAAGUUUUAUACUCAUUUUUGUUUCCAGACUUAUUACGCCUGAAAAUUUUGUUUUAUAAGCUAUCUAAGGAUUGAAACAAAAUAUUUUAAGCAAAUAUUUGUGACAACAAAAACAAAGGACCACUCAGAAGCAAAUGUUUUGGUGUUACAGCCUACCAUCCAAAUUUUAUUUACUGGCUUUUUUUAAAAAUGCAGUUUACAGGCUAGGGAUUUAGCUCAGCGGCACAAGCACACCUGUCUGGCAGGCGUGAGGUCAUGAGUUCGACUCCUGGUUCCAAAAAAUAAUAAUAACAAUAAUAAUAAUAAUGCAGUUUACUUUAGCAUAUGUGUUGCUGAAAGAAGCACUAAAAAUGCAAUUUACUUUAAACUGUCAUCAAAAUUAUCAAUAUAGCAAGAGAAUGCUUUUAGUAACACCAUUUCUGUCCAAGUAAGUUUUCAGAUUUUCCCAAUUCCAAUAUAAGAAGAGUAUACAAAACUUUUUCUGAUAAUUAAAAUGAGUUACUAGGUGCUUGAUAAAUUUAGCAUUCAAACUGCAUUUUAAAAUCUUAUCAGUACAAGGGAAGAUAGAAUAAUCACUUAAGGGAAUAAAAUGACUUUCAAGUUCCCUAAUCUUUAACUUUUAACUUCCUAACUUAGAAUUUAUUGAUUAAACUCCUCUCUUGGAAGGGACCUUUUGAUCAUAAUGCCAAA